AUGGCAGGUCGUGGAAAGGGCAUGAAGGGGCUUGGAAAGGGAGGAGCAAAGAGACACAGGAUGAUUCUGCGCGACAACAUCCGCGGAAUCACGAAGCCAGCCAUUCGCAGAUUGGCGAGAAGAGGAGGCGUCAAGAGGAUAAGCGGUUUGAUCUACGAAGAAAGUAGAGGAGUUCUCAGGUUGUUCUUAGAAAAAGUCAUUCGCGACACUGUUGCGUAUACCGAACACGCAAGGAGGAAGACUGUCACUGCCAUGGAUGUUGUGUAUGCUCUUAAAAGACAAGGAAAAACUCUAUACGGUUUCGGAGUUUGA